GCAGCAGGGCGGCUUCGAGGCGCCCUUCCGCGCUCUGCACAUGCCCAGAGUCUCCCCAUCGCAGCUCGGGCGGCCUCCUCAGUCCCAGGCUGCGGUGCUGCUCCCCCGCCCGCCGCCGGUCACAUGGCCGCCGCCCUGCAGCCGCGCUCGGAUGCCCUAAUCCGGCGCCAGCCUGGGAGUGAGCCGCGACGGAGCCGGCCGAGGAGGAGCCUCAUCACCUGGCGGCCGCGGGGGCUGAGCCGAACCUCCUGCAGCCCCGCCGCCGCCUGCCAUGAUCAAGUACUUGCUGAAGGAGGACUCAGAGGAGGCUGAGCUCGUUCAGUUCCUCAAGGAGUGUCCUUCCGAGGAGGGCUUCAGUCUCGUGCGGCCAGUGGAGGCUCAGAAGGUCGAAAGCCUGGGCUGCCAAGAGCCCGAGAUGUUCUCCAGCGUGGCCAGGCCUCCUGCUCACAAGGGGUUGGAGGAGAAGGAGCAGAAGACCUUCCACUGUCCCCAACCCCUCCACUUCCAGCCGCAGCACAUGGCUGCCCCCACGCCCCCCAGCCCUUCCCGUCCCAGAAGCCCUUGGGGCAGGCUUGAUCCGUACGAGUCUGAUGAGGACGAUAAAGAGUACGUGGGUUUUGCUACACUCCCCAAUCAAAUCCAUCGGAAGUCAGUGAAGAAAGGGUUUGACUUUACCCUCAUGGUUGCAGGAGAGUCUGGACUGGGGAAAUCCACUCUGGUGAAGAGCCUCUUUCUCACAGAUUUGUACAAGGAUCGCAAUCUCUUAAAUUCAGAAGAGAGGAUCAUCCAGACGGUGGAGAUCACCAAGCAUGUGGUGGACAUUGAGGAGAAAGGCGUGAAGCUGCACCUGACCAUUGUGGACACGCCGGGCUUUGGGGACGCCGUCAACAAUACCGAGUGCUGGAGGCCUGUGGCCGACUACGUAGACGAGCAGUUUGAACAGUAUUUCCGGGAUGAAAGCGGACUGAACCGGAAGAACAUUCUGGACAACUGGGUCCAUUGCUGUCUCUACUUCAUCUCGCCCUUUGGACAUGGGCUGCGACCUCUGGACGUCGAAUUCAUGAAAGCACUCCAUCAGCAUGUGAAUAUCGUCCCUGUCCUGGCCAAAGCUGACACCCUGAUGCGCUCUGAGGUGGACCAGAUGAAAAACAAGAUCCGUCAUGAAAUUGAACAAUUUGGGAUCCGGAUCUACCAGUUUCCUGACUGUGAUUCAGAUGAAGAUGAGGAUUUUAAGCUGCAAGAUCAGGCACUUAAGGAGAGCAUCCCUUUCGCUGUGAUCGGUAGCAACACGGUGGUGGAGGCCAAAGGCAGACGGGUCCGUGGGAGGCUUUAUCCUUGGGGCAUUGUGGAAGUGGAGAACCCCUCGCACUGCGACUUUGUCAAGCUGCGCACCAUGUUGGUGAGGACCCACAUGCAGGACCUGAAGGAUGUGACACGGGAGACGCACUACGAGAACUACCGGGCGCAGUGCAUCCAGAGCAUGACCCGCAUGGUCGUGAAGGAGCGGAAUUGCAACAAGCUAACGAGGGAAAGUGGAACAGAUUUUCCCAUCCCUGCCAUUCCUCCAGUGCAAGAUUCGGAGACGGAGAAGUUGAUACGGGAGAAAGAUGAGGAGUUGCGACGGAUGCAGGACAUGCUGCAGAAGCUCCAGAAGCAGAUGAAGGACUCCCAAUAGCCACCCCGCCACGUUCCCCGAGUCCCUCGGAGACACGGAAUGUUUACAUCUCACCCGGUCCAUCUGCCCAUGCUCUGACACCAACUCCUCCUUCCACACCCUUCACCUUAAGCCAAGAAGACAUCCUUGCAACAAUCGCCUUAUAACGAAACCUCACCGUGCUUGUUGGCCAGCGUCUCCAAAGACACUAGAAAUCCCCAGAGAGUCUGCCUUGCACCCGGCCACAGGUGAGAAUCCCACCCUGCCGUAGCCCUGAGCUUCCCGCGGUCAUCCCUGUGAUGGAUUUCCACCACAUACAGCUCUUGAGGUGAUCGAUGCCAUGGGGCUGGACUGAGAGGAGGUCUUCAGUUGGCCUCGUCUUAACGUUUGUCCCAGAGAUCGUGGCAGAUCUCACCAUGCCUGCCUGCCCGCCCGCCCAACAAGGUCAUAAGAACAGCCGUGCAGAAGGUGCAGAAGAGGGCCACCAAGAUGAUAAGAACAUAACAUAAGCACAGCCCUGCCAGAUCAGGCCCAGGAAGGUCUAUCUAGUCCUGCAUCCUGUUUCACACAGUGGCCCACCAGAUGCCGCUGGGAGCCUACAGGCAGGAGCUGAAAGGGGCCUGCCCUCUCUCCUGCUGUUACUCCCCUGCAACUGGGACUCAGAGGCAUCCUGCCUCUGCGACUGGAGGUGGCCUGUAGUCCUCCGACUCGUAGCCGUUGAUAGACCUCUCCUCCAUGAAGUGAUCCACACCCCUCUUCAAGCCAUCCAGGUUGUUGGCUGUCACCACAUCUUGUGGCAGAGAGUUCCACAAGUUGAUGUGGGACGCUGUGUGAAACAGUACCUCCGUUUGCUGGCUCUAAAUUUCCUGGCCAUCAAUUUCACGGGAUGACCCCUGGUUCUCAUGUGACGUGAGAGGUCAUAUACAUAUAUUUUAAGAAGGACUCCGGUGGGAGACGGCACAUGGCCAAAUUGGGACGCAUUGGCGGGCGGGCCAGAUCUGGGGCCUGCGACAUCUCCCAGAGGUCCAGAAACCUGUGCUAUACCCAGUUCUCUUUGGAGGUUGCUUCUGCUACUGCAUGGCGCUGCUGCCCUCUCUCAGGGUCAUGCUUCUGGGCCCACCGAGGCCUCCAUUGCCUGCUUUUCCAGAUUUGCAUGCUGCAAUAAGCCGAUUCGCAGAACGAUACACAUUGUGCAGAAAGGGUAGCUGAGAUCUAUUCAGGGGAGGCAGAGAAGAGCUGUCACUAUCCCAUGAACCAGACCCACAAAUGUUGGCCCAUCUCAGGGGGCAAAUGCUCAACCUGAUUUCUGGCAACGUCUAACCCUCUAGAGACAGAAAAGAGGUGAUAACACUGUUGCUUUCUGGGUGUUACUGCCCCUUCUUUAUCCCAGCCGCCAAACCAUUAGGGUCAAUUUUUUAGUCAUUUUUUGCAUGGAGGAAUGGGUUUAAUUCCUGGGCAGUUCACAACAACAGUAAAAAACAUUCAAUUUAAAAAACACAUAACAGGACAAAUUACAACACACACACAAUACGAUACGAUACAAAACAUUUUAAAAACUUUUUUUUAACAUCAAUUUUAAAAAGUCUGCUUGAGAGUCAGGGUUCAUGUAACAAUGGACAAAUUGUACUUUCUCCGUAGAGGAAUCUUUGGGGACAUUCAUGCCCUAUUAUCCCCUUCCUCGGACAACAUUGAUGAUAUUUUCUUGUCGUUUUUGUGUGUUUUUAAAAGCUUUUAAAACCCCAUCGCAAAUGUGGCGGCCGUAGACCCGACGGUCAGGGCAGGCCAAGUGUGGGAACCCACAGAAAGAGGAUCUUGUCCAAAAUCACCGUGAGUAUUUGACCCCCAGAUGGUACCCACCACCUGAGCUGGCUUCAUGGGCUUGUGGGGAAAGACCAGAGUGGCGGGCUCCAAGCCUUCACGGAAUGUGCCUCUUCUCUCAGUGUGGAAGAUCCUGGAGAACUUAUGGGCACAUCCUCAUGACCGUUGCCUUUUCUACUGGUUUGGUGAUGGUACAUACAGCCCAAGUCAGAGCAGACAAUACUGAGCUAGAUGAACCGAUGUUCCAACUCGAUGUUCCGACUCGAUGUCCCGACUCGUUAUAAGGCAGCUCCCUGUGUUUUGGAGUAUGCUAUAUUUUCUCACAUGUGUGUCUGGCACAGAAAAGUGGGCGGUUUGUCCUCUGGUCUUCCCUGUCAGCCACGGAGGCAGCGAGAGUGGGUGAAAGCCCCAAUCAGGUUUAGAUGGCACAGAUUUGCCUCCAGAGAGACAGGCAGUCUUUGGUCUAACCACAGAAGAGAUAUGUUGACAUGGAUGAGAUCAAAGCUCUCUGUUGACAGCGGCCCAUUGGAAGCCUCAGGGGAGCUCCCAGGCAGAGCAUGUGUUGCUAGUAUUGCGUUAGCAGUGUGGUAGCCUGCAUCUGCACAUGGAGGUUCUAUUUCUAGUUAUUGUAGCUAAUGGUCAUGGGUGGAUUUUAUCGUGUCUAAUCCUUUUUUUAAAAGGCUGCUAAUGCUGGCGGCUGUUCCUUCUGGUACCAAAUUCAGAUUCAAGCAAAAUUUAGUCUGGGAAGCAGGGCAUGAUUCAGAUCCUUCUCCGAAAGCAUCCAGAACCAGAAAAAUAUGUCCAGCUCCUGAACUAGCAUUGUGCUGUUACAUGCUGAGACCUUUGCAGACUGAGCAUCUACCACCCCCUGAAUGCAUUAGCCCUUUCGGCAUCCCAGUACCUUAUGUGCAAAGUAGGGCAGGGUUGCCAACUGACCCCAAGCCCCACUCUGGCCUACUCUUGUGCCUUUUAGUCUUUGGAGAUGCAGAAAUCUUUAGGUGGAGCUUUUCACAACACAGAGAUAACUGUUCCCACCUGCUGAUAUCUGCAAGUCAAGCGGCUGUUGAAGGCACAGGUGCAGGGACUGGUGGAAAAGUUGGCAACCCCAGCAGAGUUUUGGCUUUUUAAAAAACAACCCCUCCCUCUCUAUUCUUGCUUUCUAGGUUGGCUAUUGCCUUCAUAUUCCUUUAUUUAUCAUUUGAUAUAUUUAUUAUUAAUUAUUUAGAUUAUUUUUAUUAUUACCUUUGGGCACACAGCGGGACAUUUGCAGACAACACACCUACUUUCCCCCCCAGAUUUGUUCCCACUCUGGUAUACAAGCAAAAAUGACUGUCUUCGUAAUUAAUAUGUGUAUGAUCCCUUUGAGUAUAUUUGAGAUCAUCUGGAUUUCAGAUAAUCACCAUUCUUACCCGUGAACAGGGCUGUAUUUGAGAGCCAAGCAUGCACAGAAUGUGGCAUUUGGCCUAGAAUCCAGUCACCUGAGAAUCUCAACUUGCAUUUUUAAAAAAUCAGAGUUUCUAGCCCUCAUGGUUAUAAGAUUUCAGGUGCUGUGGGGGUGUGUGGCUUCAGUGCCCUCUCCCUCUUGAUGAGAAUAAUUGAUGCAAGAUAGCAGAAUAAUAAUAAUAAUAAUAAUAAUAAUAAUAAUAAUAAUAAUAAUAAUAAUUCAAUUUCUAUAUCGCCCUUCCAAAAAUGGCUCAGGGCGGUUUACAAAGAGAAAUAACAAAUAACAUGGCUCCCUGUCCCCAAAGGGCUCACAUUCUAAAAAGAAACAUAAGACACACACCAGCAACAGUCACUGGAAGUACUGUGCUAGGGGUGGAUAGGGCCAGUUACUCUCCCCCUGCUAAAUAAAGAGAAUGACCACGGUAAAAGGUGCCUCUUUGCCCAGUUAGCAGGGGAAAUACAUUGUGCCCCAAGGAUUCGUUCCACUUUGCUUGAUUUUAUGGCCCAGAAUAUUGAUUUUUGCUGCAGUAUACAGUCCUGCCUCCGUGGGUGGGCUUUAUUUUUACCCACACAUGACUGAAAUCUGUGGGAAGUGAUCUUCAGUCUCUCUCUCUCAAAAGCGGAGGCUUUAGCAGGCCUGAGCAGAAACAUGGCUUCUCGAAGCACAGACUGAAAUCGUAUCGGCCUUUCCUGCUGCAGCAUCACGCCGCUGCCUCGUUUUCCAUUCGCCCCAGCCUGCAGCCAACGAGGGACGUCUUUGUCUAGCCUGGAUACUUUUGCCCCCUGCUUUUGACAAAUUCUGGGUUCAUCAUCAUUUUGGAAAGGGUUCUCACCUCACGGCAAGCAGCCUGUUUGCCACAAGUGGAAGGAAAGCGUGGCAGAAAGGAGGUGUGCAGAGUGGUUAUGGGGACCAGUUCAUAGCCUGCUGAAGCAUGUAGGCAGGGCUUCCUGCAGAAGCUUGUAGGCAGGGCUUCCUGCAGAAGUGAAAUCUGAGACUUUUGAGAUGAAUGAUUGUACAUACAUGAUAUUGUAAGGUUUUUUUGGGGGGUGUCUUAGCUCGGGACAAUCAGGGCAGAGAAGGGUGACCAGGGUAUUAAUUGAAAAGUGUGUGUGUAGACAGCAGCUCAGUACCAGCACUGGAUAGGGACCACAUGGAGAAACUAAUGGGUUGGAGUUCUCCACAGAUCUGAGCACCUUAGCGAAACUGGCCCCAGAGAUACAGGCCGUGCUGGGUAUUCUGGGAUGCAUUUCCAAGAAGGCCCCCCAAGUAGGUGUGUUCCCUCAAACCAGUUUCAAAGAUUGGGGGUGGGGAGGGGGGGAGAUGGGAGAGGGAUCCCAAAGAAGGUUGCCAUCUUUAUUUUCCUUUCCCCAAAGCUUGCUAUUUUUCUUACCAGAAACAAAUCCUAUCUUUGCACGGUUGUCAAAAUAAUAAUAAUAAUAAUGUAUUUAUUUAAAGGCUGUACAGAUUAUAGGUUUCUACAUUCAGCUAGUUCCAGUGGGAAUAUUUUUUUUACCCUGCCAAUAAACUUAGCUGAUUUCAGUGAG